GUGGCAGUUGACAAGGAACCUCUGCGGUUGCAGGAACAGCCGCUACAGUUGGAGUCGGUGACCAGCGACCAUGAGCAGCGACCACAACAAGUGCGACGUGAUCGUGAUCGGAGGAGGCAUCUCAGGUUUGUCUGCAGCCAAAUUAUUGUAUGACUCAGGACUGGAUGUUGUAGUCUUAGAAGCCCAAGACAGGGUUGGAGGCAGAACUUACACAGUAAGAAAUAAGCACGUCAAGUAUGUUGACUUGGGAGGAGCAUAUGUGGGACCCACACAAAAUCGUGUUUUACGUCUGUCUAAGGAGUUAGGACUAGAGACUUACAAAGUGAACGAAGUUGAGCAUCUUAUUGAUCAUGUCAACGGCAAAUCUUAUCCCUUCAAAGGGCCUUUCCCUCCAAUGUGGAAUCCCAUUACUUAUUUGGACUACAACAAUCUAUGGAGGACACUGGAUGAAAUGGGGAAAGAGAUUCCUAAUGAAGCUCCAUGGAAAGCACCACAUGCAGAGGAAUGGGAUAAAAUUACCAUGGAACAGUUGCUAAAUAAAGUGUGCUGGACAAAGCCUCCUGUUUUCAAGCGAAACUCACCCUUUUUCAGAUAUGCCAGCAUCAGAGGUAGUAUUCAGCAGGAGAGGAAGUUCAUUGGAGGCUCUGGACAAAUUAGUGAAAAAAUUAUGGAAUAUCUGGGAAAACGAGUUAAAUUAGAGAAGCCUGUAAUAUAUAUUGAUCAAACUGGUGGAAACAUCAUAGUAGAAACAUUAGACCAUGAAAAAUAUGAGGCCCAAUAUGUUAUUAGUGCCAUCCCUCCAGUGCUUAGCUUGAAGAUUCAUUUUAACCCACCUUUGCCUUCAAUGAGGAAUCAGAUGAUUAAUCGGAUCCCUAUGGGGUCAGUCAUCAAGUGUAUAGUAUACUACAAGGAUACAUUUUGGAAAAAAAAAGAUUAUUGUGGUUCCAUGAUUAUUGAAGAUGAGGGUGCCCCAAUUGGGUUGGCAUUAGAUGACACUAAACCUGAUGGAAGCGUUCCAGCUAUAAUUGGUUUCAUUCUUGCCCGAAAGUGUAGAAGAUUGAUUAAUCUCAGCAAGGAAGAAAGGAAAACACAGAUCUGUGAGCUCUAUGCAAAGGUGCUGGGAACACAAGAAGCCUUACAUCCAGUGCACUAUGAAGAGAAGAACUGGUGUGAAGAACAAUAUUCCGGAGGAUGCUAUACAGCAUAUUUUCCACCAGGGAUAAUGACCCAGUAUGGAAGGAUUCUUCGUGAGCCAGUUGGGAGGAUCUUCUUUGCAGGGACUGAAACAGCUUCAGAAUGGAGCGGCUACAUGGAAGGUGCUGUUCAGGCUGGAGAAAGAGCAGCUAGAGAGGUACUACACUCGAUGGGAAGAUAUUCAGGAGAAAUAUGGAAAUCUGAACCAGAAUCACCUGAUGUGCCAGCCCUGCCAAUAACUACAACAUUUUGGGAAAGAAACUUGCCUUCUGUUCCUGGACUACUGAAAUUGAUGGGGUUCUCUAUUUUCUUUACAUCAGUGGCUGCAGCUGGGUUCUUUGCCUAUAAAAAGGAUCUCUUAGUGUGAGACUGAAAACAGAUGUGCUAAUAGGAAACUAUACAAUUUGGUCUGCAAAUUUAUAUACAUUAACACAAUCAUUUCCCUCUCAUUUAGACUAGGGGUCCUCAAACUCUGGGCUGCAGUCCACUACUGGGCUGUGGCCUAUUUGGAACUGGGCUGCAUGACCAGUGGCCAGAACAUACGUGCACAUACAGCUUGACUCACGUGAGUGGUGUCAGCCCACACAUACAGGCAGCUCAACUUGCACAAGCCAAGCUAUGCAUGCAUGUGCGUGUAUGCUGGCCCGCCACUUGAAUGGCCCGGUUCCCCUCUCCCCACUCCCAGCUAGGCUGUGGCUACAAAGGUUGGGGACCACUGAUUUAGACUGUUGAUUGCAAUUCUGUUUAUUCUGUCUAUUAGUUCAAGGUGUCUUGGAUCUUAUGAUAGAGUCCAACAUCUGUUUCCAAAGGCACUACACCAUUUGGCUGCUAUGAAAAUAACAUAGUUGCCUAGAAUCCAAUUACAGGUAGUCCUCAAGCUAUUCAUUCAUGCUUUUGUCCGACCACAUUUACGUCCGACUGAGUGACUGCCAGGCUGAAGAAUAUUAUACAGAUAGGGAAGGAAGCAGGUAAAGAAAAUCUUUUUGCAGCUUAUUUAUCUUCAGGAGCUGAAGAAAAAAAAUCAACUCGAAAGAAAAAAAACCGGCAGCACAAAUGUGCAGCAGAUGGCCAUGGCACCAGUUGGGUCCUAAAGGAAGUCAGAUAGGCAGCAAAAAGCAAACACCCAAAAAUGUUACUUACAAGCUAUCUUUGAAAUUAGCACUGCUAUACACACAUGCACACACAUACAAUCGUGAUUGCAUUUCAGGCAUUUGGUAAUCAGCUCACAUAUAUGAUCAGUUGCAGUGCCCUGCAGUCACAUAACCAGAGUUUGUGAUGUUUUGGCAGAUUUGUGACUUUUUGCUGAUAAAUAACUAUAAUGCCUCACUUUAUGAGACUGUCAUAAAAACAUCAUAAAAUUGAGUUAGGUGACACUAUCAUAUCAUUAUGAUUGCAACAACUUAUAACCAAAAUUCCAGGAUUGGUUGUGGUGGUUAAGUGAGGACUGCUUGCAUAUCUUAUUUUUUGGCCUUUUAAACAUUUGAAUACUUUUACUCAGGAUUAUAAUAUCCUUCUUAAAAAUAUAAUCAGACCUAAAUCUUGCUUAAGCAGUGACAGACAUAAAGAGAUGUAAUUUUGAAAACUGUUUAGCCAUAGUAAUAGAACGUUUUCCCCCAUUUUCUGCUUCUAAACUGCUUUUGGAUGAGAUCCCCUUCAUUUCUCAGUUGACAAUGUAUUUUGAAAGGAUUUCUUAAUAUCAUGUAUUGGCUCAUACCUCAUCUGAUGAUAUUCAAGUGGGUGGUGAAAACAUGCACUAGAGGAAAGGGCCCUAAGGCCAUUAUUCAUUCAGCAGCAGAAAAUGGGGCAGAUUUCUUAAAUAAUGGGUUAGUUAACCAUAGAAAUUAAUAGGAAAUUAAGAAUGUUGGUUUUCUCCUUUGGAAAGUGAGUAACCUCUUGCAAAGUUUGGGUAUACUGUUUGCAGGAUCUUUUCAGUCUUUUUCAGGGUCAGGACUGCUGCUUAAAGGGUUAAAAGUCCGAAUAAGCUUCAGCCCAGAAGUAGUUAUCUUUCUUUUUGACUCAGAGAAUCCAAAUUUUGCACAUUCCUAACCUAGAAUUACUUCUUCCUAACAGCUCCAUAAUUUCUAAAAAGUGUGCUGUAUAAUAUUUUUUACUGAUAUACAAUACCACAAACAAAGGAGCAUAAUGUAUGCCUUCUACUGCUGUUGUUUGUUAAUUAUUCUUACUAUUUCAUAAUUUUGUGAGCCUUUUGUGAUUACAAAGAAAAGAAGAUUCCAGGAUUCUCCCCAGGAUCCAAUUUCACAUAGAUAAAAUUCUUUUUCUCAUUAGCUUUCCCUUUCUAACACCUUGUCAGUAGACUUUAUUGGAGACUCUUCCUAUGUUUCUUUCAAGAAUCAAGAGCAGCUUUUUAAAGGAGAGAACAAGCAGAUCUCUCUACCUCCCAACUCUGUGGCUUAUGAAUUAAGUCUGCAAAACAUUUACUGAGUUCCAGCUUAAUAUCUGACACUUUGCCUUCAGCAAAAAUAGUUAAUUAUUCUGUUCAGGACUGGUAUACUAUUUUCAUAUCAUACUUUAUUGAUGGAAGAUAUGAUAAAAAUGUUUAAAUGUUGGGUAUUAAUAAGAUAAUGAAGCAAUCCUAUAUGGAGUCGGAAGUGAUAUAAUAGUUCCUUGCUGAUUUCUUAACAUAUAAAUUAAUGAAAAGAUGGUGGCAGAAAGUGAACUUAUUCUUUUUCCUUGUUCCAACAGCUAUUUGCUAAUGUAGUAGUCUGAUCCUGGGAGUCCUUGAGAGAGAGAGAGAGAAGUUGAUUUUAUUUCUAGAAAAAAUGUUUUUGGCUAUACUGCUAGAGAUAGAUUUAUGUCAAUGAAGCGAUUUACAUAUAACAAAAACUCUAAGGUAUAUUUGCCCUCUUUCUAUUUGACUCUUCUUGGAUUGCCCUUCUCAGAUGACUGCAUCUGAGGGGCCAAUUUCAUACAAAGCAAAUUUCAUUGAAAUGGAUCUCAUUCUGAAUGAAGAUACUUGGAAUUGCACUGUUUAAUAUUUUUAAAUUAAGUACUCUAGUCAUCAGAUGCUACAAUCAGACAUUAUACUGAAACAUAUUUAAUAAAAGUGUACCUUCUCAGGGUCACACUAAAGUCUUCAUUUAAUAGGUAACAUAAUAUAAGAACAGGACUCAAGAAAUUUAAGAAAAUCAAUUUUUCACUUGGGGUUGGGAGUAAGGAAGAAACCUCUUAAUUUCAGUGAGAUGGUUUUAAUAUGCUGGUUGUAGAUAUAGAAGGUCAGAAUUUGUCUGGGUCCCAUGUUUACUUCUCAGUCUGAAAAAAGAACAAGCACUGUCUGUUACCAUGUAAUAAAAAUAACACUCUAGCUUUUUAUAGCCUUAUGCCCUUUAAUGGCUUGAGCAGUAACAGUAACUUUAGAAGAUGGCUGGAAUCUGGGAAUUUCAAGAAUUAUCCAGGCUGGAGGAGCCUGAGCUAUCCCCAUGGUAUGUUCUGACUAGAAGAGGCUUUCCAAAGUCUCACACACAGGAUUCUCCCAGAUCUGUUACAUGAAAUGUUACAUGGAACAGAUGACAUAAAUGUUACAUGAAAUGGACUUUGGAGUCCUAGUUAGACAAUCACUUAAAUAUGAGUCAGCAGAGUGUGGCAGCAGCCAAAAAAGUUAAGAGGCAUAGAAUCAAAAUUACACCAAGUAUUAGUACCACUUUAUAAAGCCUUAGUAAGGCCACACUGAAAUACUGCAUUCAGUAAAACGAGAGGUUUUAAUUCUUGUUCCUGGUUUUGAUAAUUGUCACAAUGGCAUUAUGCUCUUUGCAAUGUAACUGAACUCUUAAACUAUAUAUCGCAGCAAAGUUUCAUGGAAAUUUUGGAAACAAGAAUAAAAUAGGCUAGAAACAUCUAUCCUACUUGGAUCAGUAAAACAUUAUCCCAAUUUUCUCCUUUCCACAACUUUCAGAAUUUAUUUUAAGUAAAAUAAACAGUCCUACUGUAUUAGUCCAACGGUGGAUUCUGAGCUAUUUUGUUCACUUAUGAUAAAGCAUUUUUGAACAAAGCAUUUAAUUUCAUCUAUAAAUCUUGUUUAUUGAAAAAAGUGUAAGAAUUGUUAGAUCUCCAGAAGGCUCAUUUAGUCAAGCAGUCUCUUGAUGUGAAUUGGCUAACUAGACGUUUUCAGAAAGUUCACAGAAAAAGCAGAAUAGAGUUAUCUUUUCAAACUAAGAACAAUAACUUCUUCUAAAUAACCUAUUAAGGGCAAUUAACAUAAGGAAUAAUUUAAAUAAUAUUUUAGUAAGUGACUAUUCCAAAUAUUAUUGGAAAUGUGUUUUUAAAUCUUCAUUGAGUCAGUAAAGGCACAAUAUAUGCUGUUGUAAUUUAUUUUAAAACAAAUGGGAUUACAUCUAUAUAUUUUUGAUCAGGAUGCUGGUCUCCAUUUGACUACCGAAUCAUCAUUUUGAUAGGUCUUGAUGGGUCAGUGUGCAAACAUUUUUUUAUGUUGAAGUGUGGACAGCAAACAAAACCCCUCUACAGAGUAUUGAAGCCAACAGUUCUUGAGUGAGUCAAAUCAUGUGCUUCACAUAUAAAUGCAUACAUUGACUAUAAGUCACAUACAAAUGAUAAUUUUAAAAGCCACUUUUACUAUAUACUGGUAUCCUAAUUUGGAUAUGUAUGGGUCAAAAUACGCACCAAGAAAUUAGCAUAUUUAAUUUCUGCCAAGUCUCUUUUUCUCUAUUCAAAGAAAGUGCUCACAGCCCACACUGUAAGAAAAAUUUGGGUAAAACCUUUCACUUGUAUCCAUAGCGUAUGAAGAAGCAGGUUUCUAAAACUGAAGACCCAUUUUUUAAAUGAUAAAAGUAAAUAUUUAUUCUAAGAAAGAGAAAUCUUCAGGUACUUAAAGUGUAGUGCAAAAGCUAAUUCACAGGAGACAAGGCAGUUGCCUUUGCAAUUUUAAACAGUGCAAUUAAAAGUUACAAUUUCCCAUUAAGUAAAUUUUACAAUUGACUGAAUGUAAUGUUCCUUCCAGCAUCUCUUCCCUAAAAUUUUCUUCUGUAAUGUUGCCAUUCCAGAGGAAAUUUUAAAAAAUAUUCAAAAUAAGAAUUUAAUUUUUUUUAAUGAAAUACCUUGUGUCCUAAACAGUUGUUGAGACAUUUGCUAUUCUUGAUUAAUGUCAUGUUUGCCUUUUGUAAAAUCAAAGUGACAGUCCAAUUGCAAGAUAUGGAUUUUGUGAUUGUGCCUUAUAUAAUUGUGCUGUUCUUCUAAAAGUGCCUCUGUGGUGAUUGUGUUCAUGAAAUCCAUUGUGUUCAUUUUCCUAUUAAAUAUGUGUUAUAUAUAUUUUUAUCUGGCAGCGUGAUGUUUUUUAACUCACACUCAAAAGAAUAAACAUUAUCACUUUCUUGUGC